GAUGCCAUCCAAGCUGCUGUCUUGUCCGGAUUGGAGAAGCUCAAAGGAAAGAAAUUGAAGAGUGAGGAUAGCAGUGAGGAUGAGGAGAGCGAGAGUUCAGAUACAGAUUAUGAUUCGGAGUUGGAGCGUGCUAUAGCCCAGAAGUUCGGGAGAAAAGCUAGUGGCAGUGGUAGGAAGUUGAAGAGUAGAAAGAGGAGCGAUAGUGAUGAGUUAAAUGAUGGGUCGGAGAGUGAUGCUAGGGAGAGAAAGAAGAAGGAGAAGAGAGACAGAGGGAGAUCAAAGAACAGAAAGAGUGCAAAGAGAAGGUGCAGCAGCGACUCUGAUGAUGAGGAUUCAAGCAGGAAAAAGAGGAGGAAAGAGAAAAGGAGGAAGAGGGAUGAUGAUUCCUCUGGGGGGGAGGAGGAGGAGGAGGAAGGCAAGCGGAGGAGGAGGAAGAGUAAGAAGGAGAGGAGAAGGAGGAGGAGUCACCGCCGUGGGAAUGAUUAUUCCUCUGAUGAUUCUGUAAAGCAGCGCCAUAAGCGGAGGAGUCGCAGGGCGGACUCAGAAUCUGGCUCUGGUGACAGUGAAUCGGAUGAUUGUCGAGUAGGAAGGGACAAGAAGCGGUCUGAUAAGAAGAGCAGGCACCGUCGUCGUAGAGAGGACUAGCUUGCUUCUAUCUUUAAUGAUUGCACUGUGUUGUGAGUGUUGAGUUUGGUAACAAUUUCUGAAUGUGGUGUUGAUGGAAACCGAUUAUCUGCUGUUAUUCAGUUUCACCUAGUUUGUUGUUUCGAUGCCAUUUUCUUUCCUUCUGAUUGUAAGAAUACCAAUCUUUCUUCUGUAUGAAUAUAUAAAUGAUUCUCUGGGAUGAACACAUAAUUCAAUUGCAGAUUGUUAAUGUUAA